CGAAUCUAAGCGCAAAAUAUGGCUCAGGUUGCUUAUUUAGACAGCAUGCUGCGUGAGUAUUUAGUGUAUCGAGGAUAUUCAAACACCCUGAAAGCUCUCGAUGUGGAGCAGCGCAACGAAAAGGAUCAACAUUUUCGUGCGGAGCGCUUAAUAGAACAUUUCAAUGCCGCUGUGCAAGCGUCGGACCUCAAGGCGCUGCGCAGUCUAUGGCUGCACUUGGACAACAACCUGUUCAGCAAGCUGGAUCACACAUAUGCCGUUGCCGUCAAGAAACUGGAAAAUAGCCUGCUCAAAUACUAUCUGGUGACAGCGUACAGCAAUAAUAAAUCGGACAAGAUAUCCGAGUUCUUUAACACAUUGGCCAGCGAGUUGCAUCAGCAGAGCGAGUGGAAGGACUGGUUCUUCUUCUCAUUCUGCAAGAAUGCCGAGGAUUCACCCACAUUUGCACUCUUCUUUACCAAGCAGUGGCAGGACACUUUGCUGCUGUCGCUGCGCAACUUUCUGACCACGGUCUACCAGUGCCUGCCACAGCCGUCGUUUGUGCGCGCCGAGCAGGAGGCCGCGCACAUGCAGCGGCUGCAGGAUGAUAAUACACGCCUGCGUGCACGCCUACUGCAGCUGCAGCAGGAGCAGCAACAGCAACUAGCCAGCGCAUCUAGCUCGCAGAAUCUAAGCGGUGGUGAUGGCGGCGGCACUCGACGCCGCAGCUCGUAUCGGCAGCAACAGAGCCUCAGCGAUAUCUUGCCCUUCGACAUCAGUCCACCGGGACACAUAGUCGAUGACUUUUGUAUAAUUGCCUCCGAGGCGAGCAUUGUGGGUCAGGCCAGUGAAGUACAGGCACGCGGGCUUAAAUUACUCAUACGCAACAUUGGCUCCGGCAGCUCGCCAGUGAUGACCCGCAAGGACAAUGGCGGCGACAAGUCAUCGUCCAAACAUAGAUCCGGCAGCGUGGGCCGUAGUUGGAUUUAGUUUUAAAUUAAUUAAUAUAUAUAAAUAUAUAAAUAAGUAUAUGUUUUCUUCGGUUGAUAUUUUAUUUAUUUGCGCUUCAUCGUAAUCGAAUAGACAUACAAAAUAAAGAGCAAAUGCAUGUAAGGUAUUAUUUA